GAAUGCGCCGCGAGAGCACGCGACUGCGAUACUCUACGCGCUGGCUUCGUGAACGCGCCCACUGUAAACACACCACCAGUUACACUCUCCUACAAACCGGUUGCUACCUUUGUGAUCACUAGUGCUGCCUUGUGAUUUUUGGUGUUCGUUGUGGUUUAUCUGACUUUAUGUCAGACUGAUUUAUGAAUGAGUGUUAGUGCUUAUAAAAACAGUGUUUGAAUUUUACUAUCUUUACAAUGCGAUGACCUGUGACUUGGACGCAAAACAAAUUUGGAUUACAAUAUCAGGAAUAAUCAAAAUUGAGAGUAAGAAGUAAUGGAAGAUGGCGCGCAUAGAAAGGAGAUAUUAAACUAAGAUGGCCGUCGCGCGCGCGGUCCUUGUGCUUCUAGCGUCCACGGCUCAAGCCUGGAUGCCGGAUGCCAACGCACGCAUACAUAUCAAAUAUGGUGAUGAGACUUCAGAGCAGUUCAUUGGAAAUUCAACAGCGCCGGACCACUUCCGUAUAUUAGACAAAGAUGACUUCUCAAUCAUAGUCGGUGGCAGAAACACAGUCUACAAUCUCAGCCUCUACGAUCUGUCGGAAAAUGUGGAACAGAGGUUAGAAUGGCAGUCUACUGACGCGCACAGAGAACUAUGUCAAUUAAAGGGGAAGUCUGCCGACGAAUGCCAGAACUACCCAAGAGUGGCGGCGCGGUCGCACGGGCGGCUCCUAGUUUGCGGCACCAAUGCAUUUAAACCGUUAUGCCGACGGUACGCGAGGCACCCACCGAACCAUCACUUGGAAGAAAUCGACGGCUCGGGCCGAUGUCCUUAUGAUCCUCAACAUAAUUCCACGGCGAUUUUUGUUGAUGGUCAAUUAUAUACAGCAACAGCUGCGGACUUUUCCGGUACUGAUCCGUUGAUUUAUCGAGAACCAGUCCGAACAGAACGUUCGGAUCUCCGUUUGUUAAACGAUCCUUCUUUCGUGGGAGCUGUGGCCUCUACCAGUCAUGUUUACUUUUUCUACCGAGAAACCGCCGUUGAGUUUAUGAACUGUGGAAAGGCUGUAUAUUCAAGAGUUGCCAGGAUUUGCUUAAAUGACAAAGGAGGCCCUCAUACAUUUAGCGAUCGAUGGACUUCAUUUUUGAAAACUCGCCUUAACUGUUCGAUGCCUGGAGAAUAUCCAUUUUAUUUCGACGAAAUCCAGGCUACAACUGAACUAAUAAACGGAAUGUAUGGAAAAAGUAACAGCAAAAACGAUAUAAUAUACGCAGUAUUUACAACUCCUCAAAAUGCUAUAGGUGGUUCUGCCGUAUGUGCAUUUGCCAUGAGAGAUAUAAUUGACGCUUUUGAAGGAUCAUUCAAAGGUCAAGAAAGCAUGAAUUCUAACUGGCUGCCAUUAGAGAAAGAAAAACUGCCUGAAAACAGGCCAGGAUCUUGCGUCGAAGAUAGUAGAACUUUAUCCGAUUCAGCCGUCAACUUUAUAAAAACACAUCCUCUCAUGGACAAAGCUGUCCCGUCUUUCCUGGCGCGACCAGUCCUUAUUAGAGUUAGUCUGCAGUAUAGAUUCUCUGCUAUCGCGGUACAUCCUCAAGUUCAAGCAAUGAACGGAAACAAGUACGACGUCAUGUACAUCGGUACUGACGACGGAAGAGUUAUAAAAGCAGUAAAUGUAGCCGCUAACGAGGGCGACUUUGAUGCCAGUGUCGACGAGUACAGCAGGAACCCUGUCAGGACUGCUGUCAUAUCGGAAGUUCAAGUAUUACCUCAAGGCGUGCCCAUCAAACAGAUGCAUGUCGCUCUUACUACGGAAAAAUUAAUAGUCGCGUCCGGAGAUAUUAUAAGAGCAGUCACAUUAUCACAUUGUGGAAGCGUGCAAUCGUGCAGAGAAUGUGUCAUUUUGCAAGAUCCCCACUGUGCAUGGGAUUCAAAGCAGCAAGUUUGCUCUUGGGUAGGAAACAGACAGUUCCCUAACCCUGAAAGAUUUCUACAGAACGUAGAAUAUGGAAAGACUGAUAUAUGUAAUAAGUUGCCAGCUCUCUUGCCGGGUGACCGACAUAGCAAUAGAAAUCCGGGCACAAAGAAGCCAACGCAGUCAGAAUCUGAAAUCCGACAGAAAACUGAUGACAUCCAGAACGAGAUACUAAUAGAAGUUGUUGAAACGAAUGUUUUAUCUGAGGAGAAGAGCACUAACAAUAACAAACAUGAGACAGACUUGCUGACGGUAGAAGCUGCUGACGGCAACAUAUACAGUGCACAGGCAUUGCUCACUGCCGUGGUAGCGUCCUGUCUCGUCACACUCAUGGUGGGAUUCGUCAUUGGAUAUCUUUUCUCACGACGAUUUCGCCACCCAUUUUUUACCGACACCUCGCCGUUCAAUGAACAACAUAAUCAUUUAAACAGAUUAAGCCCAUUGGAAACCCCUUUAAACGCUAACACGGCAUACAUGCCUCGAUCGAAAAACGUGAACAUGGUGGCAAAUGUGUGUCCGAAGCAGGACAACUUGCACCUGGAACUUGGUAAAGAGCGCACGCUUGACUUGCGAAACUCUACCGAAUCGUUAGACAAGGAUCUCAAGUGCGGCACAUUACAGAAGGUCAAAAAGACUUAUAUUUGAAAGUUACCUCAACAAACCAUGUAUGGAUCCAUUGAGAAGUGAUUGAGACGAUUAUACAGUAUCGCGUGUGCCAAGUCUUGAAAACUUUCGACAGAGACAGUGUUUGAUAUGUGAUCGACUCAGUGUUGACUUAGAAUAGUGUAUAUAAAAUGUUCGGUCUCCUACCUGUGUACAGUCUAAUGGACAUUAAUAAUAAUUAACGUUGUUGUUACAAGCAAACAGUGAAUAUUGCAUUUAAAUAACUGGAAACGACUGGAAACAUUUACGGAGUGUAGGUAGUUAUCGAGUAUAAUAUAUCUAUUAGCACUGAAUUUAUAAUUGUUGUUUUACUGUGAAAUCAUGAAAUGAUGUUGAUUAUAUGUAAACAUAAACAUCUGGCACAUAAAUUAAGGACAACAAUAAAUCAGACUGAUAGAACUCAUUACCGAUUGUAAAUAUUCGGCUUUAGCAUUAGUUAGAAACAGUUUUUGUCACAUUCCAUAAUCCUAAGUACUAUAAAAAGGUGCAGCUAAUGUAAAUAUAAUUAAAUGUGUAUAUAGCGUUAUAUUGUUACUAUCUGCAGCCAUUGGGCUCAAUGUAUAGUGAUUUGACAUGGUCAAGUCAUGAUUUUAGCGAAAUGAGAAUUGUGUUACUAGCAUGUGAAAAAAUAAAGAACUCUGAUAUCAUUUUAUGAAAUGGGCACAACAUAAAUCAAUACAUGUAUUGCCCUUAUUCAUUAUCAUCAAUAUAGAUUUCUUUAUACCGCACAUUGAGAGUAACAUUUAUUCAAAAUGUAUAUUAUUGAAUAUAAAAUAUCAGUUGACUGAAUAUCAAUGUAUUUUAAUUUCGUUAGGCACGUUUAUUUUUGCAGUAAGUAAUUGUUACAAAUGUAAAAAAGAACAUACGAAUUUCGAUUUUCGAAUAAAUAGUUAGGCUUUGCAAUAACAUAAUAUAUUGCAGUUUACCUAUUAUAUAGUUCUUUAUAUUAAAAAUGUUCCUCUACAGCUACUGAGCCAAGGAAGAACAAUUUUUGUAUUUAGUUAAAUUUUAAUAUAAUUAUGCCAGUUAUUAAAAAAUCUGCAGAAUAGUAUUAUGAGCUGUAGUAAGGUAAAACUAUAAAUUUUGUUACAAUAUAAACCAUAAUAUAAUUAUUAUAGCAUAUAUUGCUGUGCUAAGUGCAUAGUGCCUUGUAGGUUGCCAAUUUAGUGCCUAAUGUUAUGUAGGAUACACUUUGACAGAGAAAAAUAUUUAUUUGUAACUACUUAUAGGAUAAUUCUGAAGUAUUUGUUCUCUUCAAUUACAUAACCAAUGCCAGAUCAAGUAUGCUUGACUUGUUAUAAAUAUGUAUUAGGACGCAGAAUUUAUUUUAUGCGAAAUUAUUGACUUUACUUCAAAAUUAUAUAUGACAUUAUUGAUAUGGUUUGAAAUACCUAUUAGGCUGAAAUUACCACCAGACAUUUAAACAAUGAGCUAGUAUUCCCACCGUGAAACUAUCAAAGUCUCUUAAUUUAAGCGAAGAUUAAAAUACUAUAUAUCUAUUUCUGUACAUACAACUAAAUAAGCAGUAGAGAGUAUGAAUAUACUAAGUGAUUUAUCUAUGUACGUAUAAAUAAAGUGAGUAUAAUAGAAAUGUUUCUUUUCGAGAUGGUUUAUUGUGUGAAGGUAUAAUUUAUACCAUUUUGAAUACUGUUAUGUCAAAUGUUAUUUUGUCAUCAACUCACUAUCAAUAGAACUCACUCAAAAAAUAUGUUUUAUUUAUAUUUUUUAUAUCAUAAUGCUGGCAAUUAUAUACAUUUCAGUACUAGAGGAGAAAAUAUAAGUAUUAAAACAUUA